CCCGGCGGGAUGCGGUGUCCCGGCGUGUCCCUGUGGGGGCUCCUGUGCCUGGGGGUGGCCGUGGCCGGGGGUCGCCCCGUGCGGCUCGAGAGGGUCCGCGGGGACGCUCGGACCCUCACCCGGACCCUCAGCACCCGCCUCCAGCAGCUGCAGCUGUUCCCCCUGACCCUGCGUGUCACCGGCCUGGAGGGGGUCCCGGAGGGGGGUGUCCCGGACGGGGGGGUCCCGGCGGGGCUGGGGGUGGCAGCCCAGCGGCUCCAGCUGUUCCAGCGGCUCCUGGGGGCGGUGCCCGGGGGUGACCUGCGCCUGGCACAGGUGGCCAACGACCUGGAGAACCUGCACAGCCUCCUGGGGGUCCUGGGGGCCCUGCUGGGCUGUCCCCCGCCCCGCGACCCCCCCCCGGCCCCCCCGGCCCCGCUGGCCGAGGCUCCCCACACCGUGGCCGGGGUGGCCCUGGUGCGGCUCCGGGGGUGCCUGGAGGGGAUCGCCGCCCACCUCGAGGGGGACCCCGCCUGUUAGGGACCCCCGG